AUGGUGGACGACCGAGUGCUUUACCGGGCUGGUCCAAUCGGAUAUCCAACGGAGACGUUAAUAGGACGUCCCCCGGACUGCAAAAUAAGGAAGAAAGUCUGUUCCCAGGGACGUCGCACGGACGUAAACGAGACGUUCACGAACAUCCCUGGGAUAUCUAAAUGUCAAAUUCAGUUCUUCCCCAGGAUAUCCUUGGGACAUAUUUGGUUUACUGGGUUGCUCCAACCUCUCUAUGCCGUUCUCGGCGCAGACCAUCCGAAACAGGCCACUGCUGCCCCUCUGAAGUGGACACCAGCAGCAGAACGCGCGUUCGCAGAAGUAAAGCAGGCCCUGGCAGAUGCUGUAUUGCUCCACCAUCCUCGUCCUGACGGCGAGACGGCGUUGUUCAUCGACGCCUCCACUGCUGCCGUCGGCGCCGUCUUGCAGCAGUGUCAGGAUGGCCACUGGAAACCUUUCAGUUUCUUUACCCAGCGCCUCUCGCCAGCAGAAACAUGCUACAGCACCUUCGGGCAUGAGCUCAUCGCAGCCUACCUGGCAUACACACACUACCACCAUUUUCUCGACGGCUGCCCGUUUGUGCUGUACACAGACCACAAGCCUCUCAUGUUCGCCCUGCGAUCAGCAUCCGGCAACCAGUCGACCCAUGAAACCCGCCACAUGUGCUACAUCUUGGAAUUCACGACAGAUUUACGCUACGUUGACGGCGAAGACAAUGCAGCUGCGGACGCGCUCUCACGGCCAGACGUUAAUGCUCUCCACCCGCCCCCCGCGGUCAAUUUGGACGGCAUCACCCAAGCGGAACAGGCUGAUCAAGUGCUCGCUGAUCUUCAUUCAUCCCCUGUCUCGCUCCCCAGUUCGACGGCGAGACUGUGGUGUGACACAUCUACUGGCACCCCGCGCCCUUUCGUUCCCCUGGACUUUCGCCGGCCUGUUUUCAAUGGCCUACACUCCCUGCCCCACCCUGGCGUGCGCGGAACGCAGAACAUCAUCGCUGAGCGCUACAUAUGGCCUCAGAUGAAUGCCGAUGUACGUGCCGGGGCGCGUGCCUACCUUGCCUGCCAGCGGUCCAAAAUCCAACGCCACACCACCUCGCCUUCAUCGUGGUUCCUUCCGCCAGAUGCUCAUUUCGACCAGGUACACAUGGACCUGGUCGGCCCGCUUCCUCCGGCCAAAGGCUACCGCUACCUCCUCUCUUGCAUCGACCGGUUUACCCGCUGGCCGGAGGUAAUACCCAUUCCUGACAUCAUGGCAGAAACAGUGGCCCAUGCAUUCGUCUUCUCCUGGGUUUCCCGAUUCGGCGUCCUGUCCACUGUCACCACAGACAGAGGACGCCAGUCUGAAUCGGCCGUCUUCUGUCACCUGUGCAGCGCCCUUGGAACUCAUCGCAUCCGAACCAUGGCCUCCAUGCGGCUGCCAACGGCCUGGUCGAGUGCCUUCAUCGGCAACUCAAGGCUUCCCUCCGCGCCACUGACCACAGCGACACAACAUUGCCCGAGCGUCUUCCCUUCGUCCUGCUUGGCCAUCGCGCCGCGAUCCACCAGGACGGCUUCAGCCCACAUGGUCUAUGGCUGCGCGCUUCGCCUUCCCGGAGCUUUCUUCACCGCCUCGGCUCCACUCUUGCGCGACACCUCCUAG